CGAGAAGUUUCCCUCCACUCCAGUCCUCUGUGAUUCAAUCACUACGAAGGAGCCUCACUCCGGCGACGCUCCUCCUCCACAUUCCGAUCGACGCUGCUCCUCCCGCUUAUCAUUCCAGCCAAGCCUUCGACGCUGCUCCUCCCUCUCUCACGCUCAGCUCCUCUUUCUGGGGACGAGAGCCCCUGGUCUCCACGGCAACCUCCAACGCCUCUCUCUUGCUUGCAAGGUUUUUUUCCCUGUACUUGGAAUUGUUUGGGGAGCUAUGUUUGAAGCUGUAUUGUAAUCUUCUUGCCUUUUCAAAUGGCCAUUAAAACGAAAGGUGCAGUGUUCCGAACUCCUCCAGGGAAAAGUAAUCUGCCAUUUGAUGGAGCCCUUCCACUCCUCCAAGGAAAAACAGACAAAGUGCCUUUUGAUAGAAUUCCCAUCUGCGAGAGAUGCUACUAGUUAAAACCUUCCCUCUCUUAUCAAUCAUCAGUAAGGGCAAAACCCCGUUGUGGUUAGGUCAGCAUUGCAAAUUCUAUUGCUACUCCCCUUCUUUGAUAUUUUCCGGCAAUGGUAAUUGCAUCAGGUCCAGUCCCAGUCCUGUGCAAAGAAUAAUCCACGUUACCACCUUAGCAACUUCUCGAUGUACAUCUGUUUCCAUGACCUCUAGUGGGAGAAUGUCUAAGAAAGCAAUGAAGAAAGCCCGCAUGGAAUUGCCUGAGAACAUUCUUAAGCACAGAUUGGAUAUGUGCUCAAGGCACAAAAAACUCAUUGAGGCCCUUCAACUUUACGAUGAAGCUAGGAGAAAUGGGGUUCAGCUUUCUCAUAACCAUUAUAAUGUGUUGCUUUAUCUAUGCUCUUCUGCUGCUGUUGGCUCAUUAGGUGAAUCAGUGGACGGUGUAGAUGAUGUGAAUAUCAAGAAUUUGGGCAUGACUAGGGGUAUUGAAAUAUACCAACAAAUGAACAUCGAUAAAGUUGCACCAAAUGAAGCAACCUUUACAAAUGCUGCAAGAUUAGCAGCAGCAAUGGAGGAUCCGGAAAUGGCUUUUGAUUUGGUGAAACAGAUGAAGAGUUCUGGUAUUCCACCACGAUUAAGGUCUUAUGGUCCUGCUCUCUUUGGUUUCUGCAAGAAGGGGGAAGCUAGCAGAGCAAAUGAUGUUGAUGCUCAUAUGAUUGAAUGUGGGGUGGUCGCAGAAGAAUCGGAGCUUGCUGCACUUUUGGAAGUGGCUGUUGAGAGGAAGAUGGGGGAGAAGGUUUACGAGAUGUUGCACCGAUUACGUUCCUCUGUGAGACAGGUCUCAGAGUCAACUGCCAAAAUUGUUGAAAAAUGGUUUAGGUCCGAUCAUGCUGCAGAUGUUGGCAUAGAGACUCAGGAUGCUGCAAAGAUAAAGGAAGGAAUUGUCAAUGGAGGAGGAGGAUGGCACGGGCAAGGAUGGCUUGGAAAUGGUAGAUGGAGAGUCACCAGGACCAAUAUGGACACGAAAGGGGUGUGUCAAUCUUGUGGUGAGAAACUUGUUUGCAUCGAUAUUGAUCCAGCAGAAACUGCAAACUUUGCAAGCUCACUUACCAAAUUGGCUUGUCAGAAAGAGAGCCAAGCCAAUUUUCUCAAGUUCGAGGAAUGGCUCCGGCAGCAUGGUCCAUUUGAUGCAGUUAUAGAUGGCGCCAAUGUGGGGUUGCAUAAUCAGCACUAUUUCAGCUUUUUCGAUCUUAAUUCUACAGCAAAUCAGUUACGCCAGUUGAGCCCUUCAAAGAAAUUGCCAUUAGUCAUAUUGCAUCAAAGUCGUGUUCAUGGUGGUCCAGCUGAAGAUCCUAAAAACAGAAGAUUGCUGCAGCGAUGGAACGAAUCUGGUGCACUUUAUGCAACUCCUGCUGGUUCAAAUGAUGACUGGUACUGGCUAUAUGCAGCGGUAAGCUGCAACUGUUUGCUGGUUACCAAUGAUGAGAUGAGGGAUCACCUAUUUCAGUUGCUUGGGACGAGCUUCUUUCCUAGAUGGAAGGAGAAACAUCAGGUUCGAACAACAUUCUCGCGUGGUGUUAGGCUUCACAUGCCCCCACCCUAUUCAAUCGUAAUUCAGGAGUCCGAAAAUGGAAGUUGGCAUGUUCCGACAGUCACCGGGGAUGACAUAGAGAAUCCUAGACAGUGGUUAUGUGCCACUAGAGCCCAUAAUAUUUCGGUCCGAUCUCUGUCCUCGCGACAAAUUUGGUGGGGUCAAUAAUAUGUUGUUUACACUCAUUAUUCUCUUUUCAUUGAUUAUUUUUGAGUUGCAAGACUUCAAGCAACAUAAUAUUUAAAAUAUUAUUCUUCAAAGUUUUUGGUAAUUUUUUUCUGGGACAAUUACAAAAAAAAAAGUCUUCAAACUAUGAAAAAUUUGAACUUUAGUUUUACAUUUAUCACUUUGGCUCUGCCAACCCGCGCCGGAGAUUGGAGGUGCGGGGAGGAGAGGUGCACAGGUCCGCAACAGUGGGAGGGGAAGGUGUCAGAGGGGGAGGAGUCGGCGGCAGCGUCGGAGCUGGUCAUGCCAGUAGGAGAUGGGAUGCAGGGAUGCAGGGGGCAGUGGAGAGGGGGUUGGUCGAUCUUUUUGUUUUUUUGGCAAUAACUUUUACUUUAACACUCGAGCCACAAGACAAAUAUCACCACAUCCACCAGCAGUCCCACAUUCUAUCGAGGUCAAUGGCAACCUUUCCCGUGACAUUUACCAGAUCAAUUAGAACUGGGCACAGAAAACAGCUGCUACCAAGUGAAUGUAAAUCGUUUAAAAGUUACAAUCAGUUUAGUUCAUAAAUGCAAUUUA